CACUUCUCUUUUUGCCAGUCCGGAGUCAGACGAUCAAGUCCGGAUCGGUGCUUUCAAUCUCCUUCCUCUUUAUUGUUCCAGUCAAAAAGAUAUGGCCAAAAGUCCCAAAAGCAAAAACACGCAGCAAUGGAAGUUCCCCACAACGCUCCAAGCAUCAAAAGUUCUUUCUCUACGUCUAUUGCCCCAUGCCACAUGAAUGAAGAACAGUUUAAAAAGCUUCUUGAGAGACGAGAUAUCAAAGAUCUCCAGGACAAUAAGAAGGUACAGCGCCACUUACUGGACCGGUUAUCCGACUUCGUUAUUCGAGAGAAGCGGGAGAAAUACUUUGGCAAUGUGCAACAUACACGGGGCGAUAGGUGGCCAUAUCACUAUUAUCGAGUCGCCGAUUUCGAACAGCGACAUCUUCGUUGAUGCAGCACCCGUUAAUGAAGAAGGUCAGGCUCCAUUUAUUGAGUUACUGGCUAGCUAUUCCCGCCUUUUGAAGAAAAGCAAGGGGCAUGACCGAAACGCUCCAGAUCCAUGUCCUCGGUCUAUUUGCGUCCUUUGCGAUCCGACUGGUAGAGUUGUAUCUUUCUCACAACAUUUGUCUCUCAUGAGACACUUUCUGGUCACACAUUUGCGACAUAGUCACCUAGACAAAGGACAUAAAUGCCCAGUUCCUGACUACGGUUUGACCGUUGGCGCUGGCGUAUCUCCGUUUUACUCAUUUGCAGCGUCAGCACGGCAAACACUAUACUCCUGCUGGCCAUCGAGGCACCGAACGCCCUAUAUGCGUCCUCUGCGAUCCGACUGGGCGUCCGUUGUAAUAUUCGAAAUGUCACACUCUAACAGCACAAUUCAAGGCUGAGCAUUUACCUCUGGGCCACCUCGAUCAAGUUCGUCAAUGCCCAGUUCCUGAUUGCGAGCCAAUGAUUCAAGAUGGAAUAUAACCCUUUUGCGAUCACUUGUAGCGUAUGCAUGGGAAGCAUUACACACCUCGUCUGUGCAACGUUGGGUUAAAAUAGCGUGAACAUCAACGAUCGUCUAAGCGAGUUCAACCAAUAUCCGAAUUUCGGACUAAGAGGGCAAUUGGAAAGCGGAAAGCAGAUGAUAUCGGAGGGCCAUUGAACGACUCUGGCCUGCUCGAGUAAAUGCUCCAGCAGGAAAUCCCCGCUGUAAAUUCGGAUGAAGAACCGAUUGCGAAGAACCGAUUACGAAGAAACAAAGCAAGAAGUGGCUAGAAAUUAUGGUCGGUUUCUAAAUUGG